AUGAUUCGCCAGUUAGGUAUUCCCACAUUCUUUGCCUCGUUUUCUUCUGCAGACUUCAGAUGGAAAGAAAUCAUAGAAACAAUAUUGAAGCAACAAGGAGAUAUUCGUAAGUUUGACGAACUUACUUGGGAUGAAAAGUGCAAAGUCCUUUGUAGUAAUCCUGUUACACCUGCACGAAUGUUUGAUCGUAGAUUUAAAAGAUUUCUAAAAGAUGUUAUAAUGUCAGAUGCUCAACCAAUUGGUCAUGUGAUAGACUACUUUUAUAGAGUUGAAUUUCAACAGAGAGGUUCUCCACACACGCACUGUUUGUUCUGGGUAGAAGAUGCCCCAAAAUUUAAUGAAGAUGAAGAUGAUAUUGUAACUGAGUUUGUUGACAAAUAUAUAACAUGUAAACUACCGCUGGAAACCGAGGACUCAGAGCUAAAAGACAUUGUCACAACUGUACAACAACAUAGCAAAACACAUUCAAAAAGUUGUAGAAAAAAGGGAACUGUGUGUCGUUUUAAUUUCCCAAGACCACCCUCUGAAAAAACAUUUAUAUCACGCCCACCUAAGGAUGAUGAAGAAGAAUGUAGUGUUGCUGAUGACACUGAUGAAGAUGUUGACGAUGAUGUUGUUGAAAAACCAAAAUCGGGAAUUAGUUCAUUAGAAGCUAAAAAGAUAUUAGAAUCUCUAUGGGCUGUAAUCAAAGACUGUGAAAAGGAAAAUUUAACUACUACGGAGUUAUUCAUAAGGGCAGGAGUAUCUCAGGAAGAUUUUCAAGAAUGCUUUAGGUCAGUUACAUAUAGAAAUACUGUGGUGUUAAAAAGAAACAAAAAUGAAAUGUUUAUCAAUCAGUACAACCCGCAUCUCCUGAAAGCAUGGGAUGCAAAUAUGGACAUACAAUACAUAUUAGAUGCUUAUUCUUGUGUUGUUUAUAUAAUAAGUUACAUCAGUAAAUCAGAACGUGAACUUGGAUUGUUGCUACAACAAACAAAAAAUGAGGCCGCUGAUGGAAAUUUGAAUGCACAACAUACAAUGAAACAAGUAGGUACUGCAUACUUUCACUUUCGAGAGCUGAGUGCCCAAGAAGCUGUUUUUAGAGUGAUCGGCUUAAGUUUGAAAGAAUGUUCAAGAAAAGUUGAAUUCAUUCCAGUUGGAGAAAAUCCAUGUAAAAUGAGUAUUCCUCUAAAAGAACUUUUAAUCAAAUCUAAAAGCGCAAAUACAAAAAAACCUUCAAAGGAAAUCGAUGAUGAUGAUGACAUUGAUGACGGUGAUGAUAUCGAACUUUGGAUGAAAAGCAUUACUGAUAGAUAUAAAAGUCGACCAGAACUUGAAUUAUUUAAUCAGAUGUGUUUAGCUUCAUUUUGCUCCGAGUUUUCAGUUUUAGCAGAAACACAGAUUCCAAAUAAAAUAAAUGAAGAUACCACAUUCAAACUUAAAAAUGAUAUGGGAUACAUCAGAAAGCGGACAAGAACCCAGCCUGCUAUUAUCAAAUAUGCACGAUUUUCCAUUGAAACAUCGCCUGAACAGUACUACCAAAGUAUUUUACAGUUAUAUUUACCUUACAGAUUAGAGGAACAGUUGAAACCGCCACAAUUUUUGACAUAUGAAUUGUUUUACAAAUCAGGAAUGGUCAGGUAUAAUCAGAAAGAGGUUCUUGUUAAAGUCGAACAAAUAGUAAAUACUAACAUGUCCAACUUUGUGAAAAGUGGCAAAGAGCUAGAAGCUGCAGAAAAAAAAUUGGAAGAAAAUGAUUACCAAGAAGAUGCGUGGGCAGACCUAUGUCCAGAAACAGAGAGUGAAAGACGUGAAUGCACUGAAGCAGCCAAAUCUUCAACUGUCAUAGAAGUCGACAGUCCUGAAUUUGGAAUACCAGAUUUAAAUAAAAGUAACAAGCCAGAAAUAGUUAGUGGAAAUGGGAUUAAAACUUGUUUACUAAGGUCGGAAGUUAUACCCUUGUUGAGAGGUUUAAACAUGAAACAAAGGCGUAUUUUCUAUAAGGUAAGAGAAUGGUGCAACCUAAAAGCCAAUGGUAAAAAUCCCCCUCCCUUUCACGUCUUUGUAACAGGCGGAGCUGGAACAGGAAAAAGCCAUCUGAUUAAAUGCUUACAUUAUGAAACCACAAGAAUUCUUGCUCGUUGCUCUCCUAGUCCAGACGAUUUGACAGUUUUAUUGACUGCACCAACUGGCACUGCAGCCUUCAAUAUAAAUGGAUUGACGAUUCACCAUGCUCUUUCUAUUUUCAAAACUCUUACUGUUGACAAAGCGAUGCUUGGUGAAGAUAAGCUGAACACUUUAAGGUCAAAAUUAGAAAAUUUACAAAUUUUAAUCAUAGACGAAGUCUCAAUGGUCAACAAGAGGUUGUUAUUCUUCAUUCAUGAACGGUUGCGUCAGAUCAAGAAAAGACCUGAAAAAGAUCCUUUUGGUGGGGUUUCAGUGAUAGCUGUUGGAGAUUUUUUUCAGUUACCACCAGUAAAAUGCCGAAAAACUGAUAAACUUUAUGUAGAUGAUCCAUCGAAUCCUUUGAACUAUCUGUGGAACGAUUUCUUCACUAUUGUAGAAUUAGAUGAAGUCAUGAGACAACGUGAAGAUGGUUUGUUUGCUCAGUUAUUGAAUAGACUUAGGAUAAAAGACAAAUAUUCUCCUUUAGAAUCCUCAGAUUUAAAAAUGUUAAAGCAGUGUAUAGGUAGUGGGACAGAUGAAGCUUUACACAUUUAUGCUACUAAUAAUGAGAUUAAUAUUCACAAUACUGAAAUGGUUAUUAAACUGUCCAGUGAACCUAAGUUAAUUGAAGCACAAGAUUUUGAAAAAAAUAAAGCUACAGGAAAACUAAGAAAGAAAACAGCAAAUUUUUCACAAACUGAUAUUUGUCUCCCAACUUCAAUUCUAUUAGCUGAAGGAGCCCGCGUAAUGCUGAAAAAGAAUGAAGCCGUCAAUGAUGGCUUGGUAAAUGGGGUAAUGGGCACUAUUGUCAGCAUUGCAGAAUUUUUAGAAGGGUCUUUGCCGAAUGUUAUUUUUAUCAAUUUUGACAAUGAGAGAGUAGGAAAAAACGCUAAGAUUAAAAAAACAAUAAAUGGGAAAAGAUGCGUUGGAUUGGAACCAUCUACAGAGGACAUACCAUUCAAAAAUGGAACGAGAAAACAGUUUCCUUUGCAGUUAGCCUGGGCAUGUACUGUUCAUAAAGUUCAGGGUUUGACAGUUUCACAAGCAGUUGUGGAUUUGAAUAAAUGCUUCACUUAUGGCCAGGCAUAUGUUGCAUUGAGUAGAGUUACUACAAAAGAAGGGCUUCAUAUAUUACCAAUUGAUGACAAAACACUUGGUAAAAAAAUAUACUGUGAUCCUGAUAUCAUAACAGGCAUAAAAACAAUGAAACAUUAUCUGACUGAAAAUGUAGAAGCAUCAUCUGAAGAAACACUUGUAACUAUUGUUUAUCACAAUAUCCAAGGACUAAGAGCUCAUAAAAAUGAUUUAGUGGCUAAUUCAGACUGUACAGAUGCAGAUUAUGUCUGUCUGACUGAAACAUGGCUUGAAUCUUCCUCUGAUCAUGUUUAUCUUCCUAACUAUGAUUUUUAUCACCAACCAAGAUCUGCAGCCUACACACCGACUAAUUCUGUGUUUAUGAAUUUGCAAGCUAUGGGCCACGGAGGAGUAGGAGUAUAUGUAAAAACAGAUUCUGAAUAUGAAAAUUGUAACAUUACCGUGGAAAAUCUAGAAUGUAUGACUUUCAGAAUUCCCACCAUGAAUGUCCUUGUGGCAACAAUAUAUAGAACUCAGAAGUAUCAAAUUGGAAUAUUUCUUAAAACAUUUAUUUCGUUUGUAAGCAAAUUGACUGAACUUUCAAACAAUAUCAUUGUUUUAGGUGACUUUAAUCAAGACAUAUUAAAGGGAGAAAGAUCCAUACUGGACUAUAUGACUUCAAAAGGAUUUCAACAGCUAGUGGAAGAGGCCACAACAGAAGGUGGUACAUUGAUUGAUCAUGUCUAUGUCAAAGGUUGCUCAAAAGUAGAAGUUAAAGGCAUUCCAACUUACUACAGUUAUCACGAUGCUGUUUCCAUAAUGCUUAAAGAUAGCCGAUAA